UUUAAAAAAUUGAUCCUUCUAAAAUAAUUAAUUACUGAUAUUUCUGACAAUCUGAUAUUUCUGAUAUAUAUAUUUUAUUAAUACUGAUUCUUAUUAGAAUUAUAAUCCUCGUAUAUAAUUUAUAUAGAAUAUUGUAUAAUAUGUCAUAUUAACUAUAAUCAAGAUUUAUUGAAAUAAAUUAUAAUGAAAUUCACACAAUUUUUAUAUAAACAUCAUAUAGGUAAAGCAGUGAGAUAUUUAUGGCAGCAUCAACGAGAGAGACUUAUAUUAAUGACUAAAGCAGAAAAUAUUUUAAGAUCUAUGAAUUUUCCAAUUGAAGAUGCUACAAAAUUUUUAUUAGAACAAACUCAAUAUAAACACGAAAUAAUUGGAAAAAAUUCAAAUAAAUUCAAUAACAUAAAUCUUGAAUUGAAUGAUCAAAAAUAUUUGAUAUUUGAAGAUCAUAAUGUUUUACAAGAAGGAGUACCCCAAGCAUGUUUAUUAACAAAAACAUUAAAAAUUGAUAAUGAAUUGCCAAAAAAAAUACAAAAUUUAAUUACUGAAAUUCCAGAUAAUGUAAAUAAUUUAUUAAAAAGAUUUGUUUAUACAUCUGUAAUAUAUGAUACACAGCAAGUAAAAUUACCACGAUUAAAGGAUCCUAAUCGACCUGCUUGGGUAUUUCCAAGAGUAUAUGGUGUAACUACUACAAGAAAAAUGCAUAACUUAUCAAAAAAGUUUUUACAACUUUGUGAUUCAUUAUGUGGAUUAAAUGAUGCGCAAAAUAAAUCAAUAGUGCAUGAUGGACGUUUAUCUACAUGUUUACAAAAAGAAAAUUAUUUCAUAAAAUUUUCUUUAAAAAUGGAUAUAAUGAUGACAUCUUUAAUACCUUUGACACCAAUAGAAGAUGUAAAUAUGAAUAAUGAAUUUGAUUUACCUGAUAUUUAUCCAUUACAUUGUACCAUUGGUUUAUCUAAAUUAAAUAUUUUUGAUAAUGAAAAUCUAUAUCCAAUUACUAUGGAAUCGCCAUUUAUGAAUGUUCAUACUAUUUUUAUAAAUAAUAAUCCAGAGGAAGUUAAAAAUUUAACUGAAAUGCCAGUUACAGAAGAUCAAAUUCAUGCACGUUCUAUGAUAAAAUCAUUUACUGUAGCAGCAACUUGUGCACAACAAAGAUUUGGAUUAAAUGUGAAAAAAUUACCUGAACCUAUUGUUGUGCAAUGUGUUCAAUCAGAUGGACAAAACUUUCAUUUCUCUGUAUAUCAACUUAAUACCUUAGACAUUGAUGGUAAAGAAGGAAUAAAAAAUUUUUGGUGGUCAGAACCAUCAAUAAAAUUAUAUGAAGAAGCUCAGUAUGAAAAGGGACAACCUUGUCUUAAAGAUUAUAAUAGUGAUGUUUUUAAAAGAUUUCUUGCAUUUUAUAAAAAUAAAUAAAAUAAGAAACAAUUAUUCAUAAUAAAUAUAUUUUUUGUUUAUCUUAAUUUAUUAGUUAAAAAUAUUUAUAUUGUUAUAUAUUAAUUUAAAAAUUAUAAAAACUUGUAAAUUUAUUUGUCAAUACAUCAUUCUGUUAUAUUGCACAUAAAAUAUAUAUAAAAUAGUGAAACUUAGCUUUUUU